UAUUAAGUUUAAUUUGCCAAUACAUACCAAAUAGUGUAUUUUUUAUGUUAGUUUCUGUUUUCUAUGUAUUGGACUGGUAGAACAAUCGCCUGUAUGCUCAAUUGGGAGGAACGGAAGAAGAUAGAAGAUGGCGAGCAGUUCCUUAACUGUUUCACUACUGCUUGCACUCAUUUGUGUAUGUGGGUGUGAGGGAUCAGGAUUGAGAUAUCAUUUCUACAAGAAGAGCUGCCCAUCAGCUGAGGCCACAGUUAAGCAUGUCGUCAAGAAAUACAUAGCCAAGGAUCGAACUCUUGCGGCUCCUCUCCUACGAAUGAAUUUCCAUGAUUGUUUUGUUCGAGGCUGCGAUGGUUCAGUGCUUCUGAAUUCCACAGCGAACAACAGAGCAGAAAAAGAGGCCGUUCCAAACCAGAGCCUGCGCGGAUUUGAAUUGAUUGACGCUGCAAAAGCAAAAAUAGAGAAAAAAUGUCCAGGCGUCGUUUCUUGUGCUGACAUUCUCGCCCUAGUUACCCGAGAUGCUGUUUUUGCCGGGACUGGAGGUCCAUUUUGGCGUGUGAGAACAGGGCGUAGGGACGGACUGAUAUCUAGAGAGAAUGAGCUCUCAACUAACAUUCCACCACCCUUUUCUAACUUUUCCGUUCUCCAAACGUCUUUUGCAAGGAAAGGGUUAAACAUCAAAGACCUUGUUGUUCUCUCCGGUGCACAUAGCAUUGGAAGAGGUCGUUGCCCUGGAUUCAGCGAAAGGCUGUACAACUUCACAGGAAAAGGAGACAUGGACCCUUCCCUGGAUCCUACCUAUGCCCAAUUUUUGAAGAGCCAAUGUACCAGUUUGGCGGACACUACAACCUCUGUAGCAGUGGAUCCCACAAACUCACUCACUUUCGAUAGCGAUUAUUUCAGUAACCUUAAAGCAAAGAGGGGCCUGUUCCAGACUGAUGCUGCUCUUCUUACAAAUCCUGUUGCAAAGAAGCUUGUUGAUAAUCAGGUGAACAGAAAGAGAUUCUUCGACAACUUUAAGCGUUCCAUGCAAAAGUUUUCGGAAGUUGAAGUUUUGACUGGAACCGCCGGACAAAUAAGACGGCACUGUGCUAUCCUGAACUAAAUUUCUGGCAUGUUGCUGAGUAGAGGCCUUGUCAAUAAAUUGCGAAAUGGUGGGCGUGAAUUGUAUAAUGCAAGAUUAGUUGAUCAAUAAGGUUCAUGAAAAGUAAGGAAUGUUUAUGAUUUGUUGAAAAAAAAACUCUAUUUGAUUGAUCUCAUUGAUAACAAAGAACAGAUGCAGUUCAUACAAUUGUUCAUAAUCUGUUAGAAUGUAGACAAGGAACAUAGACCGCAAGCUGAGCACAAAGUAUUUAAUAUUAUAAGACAUCAUAAAAAUCUAAAUGGCUACCCACUCCAUGUAAAAUUAGAAAAAAAUAUCAGUGCACAUUGUUAAACAAAUUAU